GCGUCUCCCGGUUCCCACCCUCUACCGCCGCCGCUCGCCACCUUCGGCGUGGAACUCCGGCCCUCUCCACUGCCGCGUUCCUCUGCCACUCCCGCUGGUGUCUGGGUCUCUGGGACAAGUUUUCGGAGCACGCCUUAAUAAUGGAGUCGGAUCUGCUCAUCAGGCGGGAGGAAAUUGGGCCCAAAAGAGAAUAUGAUUUUCGCAGCAGGUGUAGCGAGAUAUUUAUGUGGGGUGUCUUUGAUCCCGACGAAUUACUGCCAAAGCGGCCAGCAGUGAAAGGCAAAUUGGAUGAGCAAAAAAUCAAUGGUCGACCAAAGGAGGUAAAGAAUCAAGAUCAACAAAAAGCACCAAUAAUGAAAAUUGGCAUGUCUUCCAUUUACCUUACGACACGUUGGAGGGCUCCAGAUUCGGACGCGUGCUACAUCUGUGGACAGGACGGUCACCAUGAGCAGUUUUGCCAUUACAAUUAUAUCUAUGGGCGAUAUGGGUUAUAUGACCAACACACUUGUAGAGCAAACUGCCUUCCUGGACAACACACAAUGGCCAUGGCUUGUCGAAACCUUUUGCGGAGUUUCAUACGCGUGAAUAACAUGCCAUCGCAAUUCUGUACAUGGGACCUUCGGAAGCUCUUGGAACCAUUUGGACCGCUGCUGAUGUGCCAUGUUCCAAUGGGCAGUUCUGAAGUGCGCAGGGGAUAUGGCGUUGUUAUCUUCAAGGAUCGUGGGGAUGGGGAGAGGGCAAUCGAAGUGCUCAAUGGCUAUCUCGUAGGCAAGAGUAAACUGCGAGUUGACUGGGCUUAUGCAAUGGCCCCUGGUGGUAGACCAAGUGAGAAAUGCAAGAUCUCGACGACAAAGAGGGUUUUCAAGAGGCGAGCUCUGCUGCAAGGUGUGCUUGCAACAAACCACUUGGUUGGUUUCAUUCAAUGUUUAACCGUUUCCUACAGUAUAUUUAGGCGGUCCUGACUCAGUGGUGUUUCCAGGGGCCGGAAAGCAGCGAGCUCGUGGUUUUCUCUUCCCCAAGUUUUGGAGGUUCUACCCCUCCCGUAAUACGCUCUUGCUUCGGCGGAGGAAGAGUAACAAGACAGUGCCGAUCAAUGAGGCAGGGGAGGAACGAAAAGAAACCAAUAUGAAAAGUAGUGGUGCCAUCAAAACCUCCUGGAGGGAUCCAGACGCUAAAUCCUGCUGGAUGUGCGGGGACGAGGAGUGAGGGCACACGGAGCCGACGUGCCCUUACAACUGCCUAUCUCCCGCCUCAUACGCUCCCUGCAGGACGCGGCUGCUCCUCUGGCAACAUGAAACCCGCCGCGCAUGUCCGAGGCCUAAAGAUCUCGAUGCGAACAGCUUAAGGCGGCUCAAGUUCCUGCGAUGCUUCGUGCGCGUGAACAACCUGCCGAGGCAAUGUUGCCAGGAGGAACUCGUCGGCCUGUUCGUCGGGUUCGGACCGCUGCGGAGCUGGCAUGUCGCCUUUGAUGAUGAUGGCGGCUUCGGGGCCUGCAGCGGCUUCGGCUAUGUGGUCUUCCGGCACCGUGCGCAUGCGGAGGAAGCCAUUGAUGUGCUCAAUUGCUGCGUCUUUGGUGGCCGUAAGCUGCGAGUCGACUGGGCCUAUCCUUGCGCGUAGUGGAUGGAAUCGUGACUCGUGAGUUUUGAGGUCGGACUGGAACUAGAAAUGUGGCCAGUUUUCCUUUUUUUCGAAUCCUUUUUGAAGUUAAGAACCUGGCUCAGUGAACCGAAAUUUGUUUGGUUGGCACAUGUUAUCCUGUGUGGAACCCCGUUGCAGUGUUUGGCCUAAGAUUGUACAGCACAAAGUAAUCAGA